UCUCACUCAGACACUCAACUCAAGCAGCACUUCAGCUUGAAGUAUAUAGUGUGAGUCAGGAUCUGCUCGGAUGUGCUGUUCAUGCUGAUUGUGGUAAAGCAAAGAAGUCAUCCUCUUCUGAGGCUGCCUUGCUCCUCCCCCUGCUCUGAGUUAUGCUGUAUUUCAGUCUUCAGGAGACUGGUGAGCUUCAAGAAAAGCCAGGCAUAAUAGAGACAGAGCAACCAGACACUCAUAACAUCUCAGACUUCAGCUCAGAUCCACUUGAACGUACCUGAGGAGCUUGAAAUUUGCCAACUAGGUUUCUGGCGGAAAUUUUUUGUUGGUAAACUACUCCAUCCUCUUAGGUAAAAAUGAUGGCUCCUGUGUUUUACUGUGAGGUCUCAGAUUUCUUUUUCAAGAAAAACUGACUUAACGUUUCCUCAGACAUUUUUCAAGUCCUCUUAGGAUUUUUUUUGAAUGUGUCUUCCUCUGGACUAUCAACACAUUUUGUUUGGACUCUCUUGAACUGCAAUUGACAAUGUUGACUGAACCGUGUGGAGCCAUGUCGGUGGGUUCAGAUGUUUGCGAUCUCACCCUCCUACCAUCAGCACCCCCCAUGCCAUCCUUACCAGGAGCUGUUGGCAGCUGUGGGAUGUCUGUUGGUAGUGGUCAGUGGACCAAUUUGCUGGACCUCCACCCUGGUUCUCCCUACAGCUCCUUAAACUCCCACCAUUCCCUAAUCAAGCAGGAGCCUGGCUGGGGAACCGCUGACCCAAUGGAGGACCCUCACUGUGGACUGGGAGCCUUCACUGUGCACUUCUCAGGUCAGUUAACAGGCUCUGGUCCAUGUCGAGUCGGUGCAUUUGGAGAACCCGUGAGCCAACCAAGGAUGUUUCCCAAUGCAGCGUACCUGCCCAGCUGUAUGGACAGCUCCCCUCUCCCCAGGAACCAGGGUUACGGCCCACUGGCUUUGGACAGCAACCCUGGUUAUAGUCACUCAGCAUCCCACCACAACCCCCAGCUCUCCAGCCUGUCCUUCAAGCAUGAGGACACGCUGUCACCAACAAACAACAUAGACCAACAGUAUCCAACACUAAACCCCAUGUUCGGUUGUCACAAUCCUUCAGAAUCCACUCCCAACAGCCAAACUCUGCUGCUGAGGAACUACAGCAGUGAUAAUUUGUACCAAAUGGCAUCUCAGCUGGAAUGUGUCACAUGGAAUCAGAUGAAUACCCUGGCAUCCCCCACAAAGACUGGCCAAGCAGCUAGUUUUGACAGCGACCCCAUGCUCGUCAGUGCCCAGUACCACAUUCACACACAUGGUGUGUUCAGGGGGCUUCAGGAUAUAAGAAGGGUUCCUGGUGUGACUCCUCCAGUUGCAAAGUCCUCAGAAGCCAGUGAGAGGCGGCCUUUUGUGUGUGUCUAUCCAGGCUGCAGCAAGAGAUACUUUAAGCUCUCACAUCUGCAGAUGCACGGACGGAAACACACAGGAGAAAAGCCAUAUCAGUGUGAUGUCACAGAAUGUGGUCGCAGAUUCUCGCGUUCAGACCAGUUAAAGAGACACCAGCGCAGACACACAGGAGUGAAGCCUUUUCAGUGUCAGACGUGUCAAAGAAAGUUCUCACGGUCAGAUCACCUUAAGACUCACACUCGGACUCAUACAGGUGAGAAGCCUUUUACCUGCCGCUGGUCCAACUGUCAGAAGAAGUUUGCCCGCUCUGACGAGCUGGUGCGCCACCACAGCAUGCACCAGAGGAACCUGAGCAAGCUGCAACCUGCCAUUUAAAGAAAGAGGAGAAGGACGGUGACAGCGUGCUGUGCCAGCCAGUGGAGGACAAACUUUGGAUUCUGGUCAGUGUUUCUGCAGCCUGUUCAUAGUACUGAGGACAGAUGAUGCCAGAGACACCACGUCAAGACAACAGACUGACCGGAAACCAUCAAGAUGCCUUAUCUGUAGGAAGGUUGGGCAACCCAAUAAUGCUGAGCCAGUGAGACAUCUUUUUUAUCUAGCCUUCUUGUCUUUUCAAUGCAAGAUGAAAAAAAUGUUAAUACACACUUUUGUCAAUAUUUUAUCCUUUUUUUAUUGCAACAACGGUUUCAUCUUGAAAAUCUGCUGGACAUAGCAAACUGGAUUCAGGAAAUAAAAAAAAAACAUGUAUGCUCUUUUACCUUUAAGAAAGGAAUAUUUGGUUUGGGAAAUGUCAUGACAUGAAACUUACCAAACUGCUUUGUAUAUGAGUGGCAUUUUGACUGUUCUGAUCAUUUUUUGGGUAUUUUAUGUUCUUGUUGGUUCAUAAAGUCUUCAUUUAAAUUUG